CGUCUCUUGUGUGAUACCCCCGAAUGUCGAGUCGCCCUCCCUCUACUAUCUAACGGACUGUAUUCGUGUAUCUUAUGAAUGGAACCGUGUUGAAUUAUUAUUUUAUGACCAUUCGCCAUGCCUGAAGCCGUCGCCACGCCCCAGAAGCGGGUUCUGGGUGAUGCAAUAAACAAUAACGCCCGCGGUGUCUCGAAGGACCCAAAUGCCCUCAAGAAACGCAAGCUCGACAAUCCGACUCCCAGCAGUCAGCGCCGAGUUCCCGGGUCGGGCCAGCCCCAGAAAAGUCAGUUCGAGGAGGAAGUCUUGGAGAAAUUAACACAGGACAUCAAUGGGUUGAAGAACACCAAUUCCGAGAAGGAUCAACAAUGGGAACGACCACCCCUGGGUGAAUUUAACCCUGCAAAGGAUAAUAUCUGUUUCCAGCAGAUUGAUGCUGAAGACGGGUUGAUCAUGGGCAAGACCGCUGUUCGACUGUUUGGUGUCACGGAGGCAGGUCAAUCCGUCCUCCUCCAUGUUACCGGCUUUCAACACUACCUCUACAUAGCUGCGCCCGUGAACUUCACCAAAGAAGACUGCGACCCGUACCGAAACUUUCUGGAAACCAGACUGGGGAACUUCCCGCCUAUGAUCCAAUCCGUUCAGAUAACGAUGCGGGAAAACAUUUAUGGAUUCCAGGGUAACCAGAAAAGUUAUUAUCUCAAGAUCACGGUUACCGAUCCCAAGUACAUCAACAAGCUCCGGACCGCAUUGGAAAGUGGUGGUGCCCAAAGUCUGAACUACAAGGGCCUGUGGAAUAAUACCGAACCGGGGAUUCUUACAUUCGACAUCAUCCAAUAUCUCCUCAGGUUCAUGAUCGAUACGGGUAUCUCGGGCAUGUCUUGGGUCGAAGCCAAGGCAGGAAAGUACCGCUUGUUACAGAACCAGGAGAAAGUGUCAAAUUGCCAGAUUGAGGCCUGUAUCGACUACCGCGAUCUCAUCUCACAUGCACCCAACGGUGAAUGGGCCAAGAUGGCUCCGCUUCGCAUCUUGUCUUUUGAUAUUGAGUGUGCCGGACGAAAGGGUAUCUUCCCCGAACCGAAUCAGGAUCCAGUCAUCCAAAUUGCCAAUGUCGUGACUCGAUACGGAGAGUCGAAGCCAUUCAUUCGGAACGUUUUUGUUCUGGAUACGUGCAGUCUGAUUGUCAACACCCAGGUUUUGGAAUUCCAGGAGGAAUCGAAGAUGCUCAUGGCUUGGCGUGACUUCGUCGAAAAGGUGGACCCGGAUGUUAUCAUAGGUUACAACAUUGCCAAUUUUGAUUUCCCGUACCUCCUGGACCGCGCCAAGCAUCUCAAAUGCACGAACUUCCCCUACUGGACCAGAUUGAAGGGCAUUGCAUCCCAAAGCAAAGAAACCAAUUUCUCCAGCAAGCAGAUGGGAAACCGUGACACCAAGUCAACCAACACUAAUGGUCGGAUUCAACUUGAUAUGCUUCAGUUGGUACAGCGAGACUACCAUUUACGAAGUUAUACUCUGAACUCGGUGUCGUACGAAUUUCUGGGCGAACAGAAGGAGGAUGUCCAUCACACGAUGAUCACGGAGUUGUAUAACGGAACACCGGAUUCCAGGCGGCGUUUAGCUGUCUAUUGUUUGAAGGAUGCAUAUCUCCCACAGAGACUGAUGGAUAAGUUGAUGUGUCUGGUCAACUACACUGAAAUGGCGAGAGUGACGGGCGUGCCUUUCAACUUCUUGCUGUCACGAGGUCAGCAGGUCAAGUUCAUCAGCCAGCUGUUCCGCAAGGCGCUGGAGCAACAACUAGUGAUUCCAAACAUGAAAUCCAGUGACGAGCAAGACUACGAAGGUGCAACUGUUAUCGAGCCUAUCAGAGGCUACUACGGCGUACCGAUUGCGACCCUCGAUUUCGCAUCGCUAUACCCGUCAAUCAUUCAGGCACAUAACUUGUGCUACACCACCCUGCUGAACAAGAAUAGCGUGGAGAGGUUGAAGCUCAAGAAGGACGAGGAUUACAUUGUGACGCCCAAUGGCGACAUGUUCUGUACCGCCAAUGUACGCAAAGGGCUGCUGUCACAGAUUUUGGAGGAACUUCUGAGUGCCCGAAAACGGGCGAAGAAAGAGCUAGCCGUUGAGACAGAUCCGUUCAAAAAGGCUGUCCUGAACGGAAGACAGCUUGCUUUGAAGAUUAGUGCAAACAGUGUUUACGGUCUCACAGGUGCAACCGUUGGAAAACUCCCCUGCUUGCCUAUCGCAAGUAGUACGACCAGUUAUGGACGACAGAUGAUUGAGAAGACCAAACAGGAAGUAGAAGCCAGAUACACCAUUGCCAAUGGAUAUUCCCAUGAUGCCAAGGUCAUCUACGGUGAUACCGACUCCGUCAUGGUGAAGUUUGGUGUUACCGAUCUGGAGGCGGCGAUGAAGCUUGGGCAAGAGGCUUCUGAAUACGUCUCGUCGAGGUUCUUGAAACCGAUCAAACUCGAGUUCGAGAAGGUCUACUUUCCGUACCUUCUAAUCAACAAGAAGCGAUAUGCCGGGUUGUAUUGGACGAACCCGAAGAAAUACGACAAGAUGGACACCAAAGGUAUUGAGACAGUUCGUCGAGACAACUGCCUGCUGGUUCAGAACGUUAUCGAGACGGUCUUGCAAAGGAUCCUGAUUGACCGAGACAUUGAGGGCGCACAAGACUAUGUUAAAGACACCAUUUCCGACCUGUUGCAGAACAAGAUCGAUAUGUCGAAACUUGUGAUUACCAAGGCUCUUUCCAAGGACGCAUAUACCGCUAAGCAGGCACACGUCGAGCUUGCCGAGCGUAUGAGGAAGCGUGACGCAGGUUCGGCUCCGACGCUUGGCGACCGUGUGGCGUAUGUUAUCAUCAAAGGUGCUGGAGGAUCGAAGAACUACGAAAGGUCCGAGGAUCCCAUCUAUGUUCUGGAGAACAACAUUCCCAUCGACACGAAAUACUACCUCGACAACCAACUUGCGAACCCCCUUGGUCGCAUUUUCGAACCCAUUCUCGGUGAGAAGAAGGCCAGCCAGCUUCUCACGGGUGAACACACCCGUUCCAUCUCCGUGGCCGCCCCGACCAUGGGAGGACUGAUGAAGUUUGCAAAGAAGACGCAAACCUGCCUCGGAUGCAAGAAACCAUUGUCCGGAAAAGAGGAGUCAGAAGGAGCCGUGUGCGCCUACUGCCGUCCUCGACUGGGAGAGCUCUACACCAAGUCCUUGACGAAAGUAUCGGACCUGGAAGUCCGAUUCGGUCGACUCUGGACGCAAUGUCAACGAUGCCAGGGAAGUCUGCAUUGCGAAGUCAUCUGUUCCUCCAGGGACUGUCCCAUCUUCUACAUGCGCAUGAAAGCGAAGAAGGACGUGGAGGAUGCACAAAAAGAACUGUCUCGAUUUGAUCUCGACGCCGGUGCAUGGUAAUGAAUUGAUGUCUUGGGUAUGAUAUAGCAGCUUGUAUUUGUACGUGAAUGAUUGGGCUUGUCCGAACGGCGCAUUGCGCUAUUACAUAGGGUUCGAUUAAAUAAUAUCAACAUUGAGCAAUAUCAAC